GGUAUGAUGGGGGAGGGAGGAGAGAAGAUGCCUGAAGAGCCUAGUGUGGGUGAGGAAGGGGGAGAGGUGGCAGAGGAGCGUGGCGGGAGGGAGCGGGACAGAGACAGGGAGCGGGACCGUGACCGGAGGCGCAGCCACAGGGACAAGGACCGGGAGAGGGACCGGGAGAGGCACAGGGGGGACAGGGAGAAGGACAGGGAGCAUAAGAGAGACAGGGAGCGGGGUGGCGGGGAGCGCAGGGAGGACCGGCAUGGCUCUCUCCUGCUCCCCUCGGCCGAGCAGGACGACGUGGGUAACGGGGAGGCGGGCGAAACGGGCGAAGCGCCGCCCCAGCCAGAGGAGAACAGCCAGGAUGGGUUGAUGGUGGACCAGGAGUCGGUGCAGUCGGGAGAGGGCUACGUUUCCAAUGAGAACGGCUACAAGGUGGAGACCCAGGCAGACGAGUACUAAGCGGGGCUUUGCCAUUUUUAAGUUCCUGUUUUUUUUUUUAUAUAUAUAUACAACAAACCCACAUACCCCUACCCUGUUUGUGUGAAUGAUACUGUAAUGAGCUGCUGCCCUGUUAGAAACCACAACGGAGCAGUGUAGGCAUAACAAACUGUCUGUUUUAUGGGUUAAGUAGGGUUUUGUUUCUUCUGUAUUUGAACCCCCAGGACUAGGUCCACACCCCAAAAUAAUUAUUUCAAACCCGUCCCUCGGUACCAAACUGAGAACUGUGCUCACUGUCCCUUGACAUUCACGCUCUCCCCCAACCGGAACUUUAGUCUGACAUUCUGCUCUGUCAAGUACUUGUCUGAUUACAAUCCCUUUACGAGUGAGGCAGAGAUGGCAUAGUUAUUUUAAAUAUUUCUUCAUCUUAAAUCUCUAUCGGUGUGUUAAUUCAACCUGGGUUGUUUUUUGGGGGUUGUUAAUAGGGGCUAAGUUGUUUAGGUUUAAU